UUAAGUGUUUAAUCUAAAUUUUAUGUUUUAAAAAAUGGGCAAUCAACGGAGAUCUACGUCUAUUAGGCGAAAUAAUAAAUUCAAAAUGGAAUUAGCAAAAUUUUUAAAAGACAAGGACGUACCACAAUGGUAUCGCGCUUUCUCCACUUUUCAGCUCAACGCCGCUGAUCAGCUAAUGAUGUCCAUACGCGACGAUGUUGAACAGGACACGGCACAUCGUGUGCGUUAUUGUCUUAGCGUAUUGGGUUUACAGCCGUUGCUCGACAAUAAGGACUUGAAAUUAAUUAUGCAAUUAAGCGGUGGCAACGACUUGGCCUUCUUAUGGUUCCUAAUGGAAUCUCACUACAAGACGUCAAAUGAAAAUGAGUAUAGUCUCAACGAACAGUUAAUACUUUCGGGUAUUGCACAUUUGGAUAUGAUCACAACGUUACGUGGCUUAGAUGGUCUAUUGCCACGUGGCCAUAAAUCUAAGCGUACCAUAGCAAAAUACAAUGCAAAUAUAAAAGUUAAUAAUAAAAUACCAAAGAAAAUGCGUAUUGUGGAAGAUGGUAAGCUAAUGCCAUAUUUUCAAAGGCUAGAACGCCCCAAGCAGAUUAAUGCGACGCAUAACUUGAAAAGACCAGAUUAUAAAGUGAGAUUUAGAGCAUAUGAAAAAUAUAAGGAUGCAAACUAUGAACCACCCAAUGAGAAGAAUCGUUGGUUCGCUAUGUAUACGUUCAAGGAAACCGUACGCAUACCUUUGACUGAGCUUCGCCUGUAUUUUGAUGGUUUCUUUAAAGAAAUCGGUACUAAAAAUACAGGCGAAAAAGCAGCCAUUCGUAUUAUUGAUUCAGCGUUAAGACAUUUAGAUACAUAUAGUGAAAAAACGAAUCUAUGCCUACAUCACCAAAAGGAACUGGAAGACCUGGAGCAGAAGAAAAUAGUGCAGGAAGUGGAAAAAAGGGAAAAGUGUUUGCAAAGUUUGGAUUUAUUUAAUAGGAAAAAGAAAGAGGAGAGAUUAACGCGCAUACACGAAGCUUUGGAGAAAGAAGUAGCUAUUUAUCGUUCAAAAUAUAAGGACAAAGUGAAGGAUAACAAGGAAUAUUUACAUAUGCUAAACAAUGACAAUUAUAGUGAAUAUUCGAUCCGGGACGAUGGUAGCUUUUGCACAUUGGAACCAUCCUUAAAGGAGGAGCGCAUAGAGCAAAUUGUACAGAGCGACGCUAACACACAGUCGCAAGGUCAGAAAAGCAAAUUGCGUCUGCUGGGCGGUGGGACCGUGAAACGCGACACAGCAACAAGCUUUUUAGAUAUGAAAAGAAGUUCCAUACUAAGCGAAACCGAUAGACUAUAUAUACAGAAAUAUGAUUAUGGGCAUCAAAAGACGAUUUCGCCUACCGCAUCGCAACUAUUCUUUGAAUCGCCCACUGGCAAUCGACCGUAUAAAUUUAAUUAUGAAAAAAUAUUCAAUUGUGAAUAUUAUUUUAAUAGAGACAAAUUCAUCAAGAAAGUAUGUGCACGUAUGCUCGAGGAAGAUGAAAAUGGAAAGAUCGAUCAUUGUUACGAUGUGCCGAAUGUGGGCGAGGUGGCGCGGAAAUAUGCCGAUACAAAAUGGGAUGAGCAACAGAAAACUAUGCGACAAUGCUAUCAUCGUACACGUAAAGCGAUCGGCCUAACAUCGAUCGAAAAUUUAGAUGCACAACAACAUUUGCUACAGACUCAGGAGUUACCCAGCGACAUGCCAGCGCAAGGUUUCUACGAUUGUGAGGACAAGGAAUUGAUGCAUCGCAUGCUACGCUCCGCUCUUGCGCAUUUAGCUAAGAAUCCCAAAUAUGUGUUGGCUUCUUUGCCGGAUUGUCAUAAGUUACCGUGUCUGCGUGAAUGGAUCUAUCAGCGUUACGGCAAAAGCUAUACGUAUGCGGAGCGUGUUGCCGAUUUUGCGCAUUCGCGUAAAAUUUCAAAAGGUAUUAACAAUUUGCGAUUAGGCGUACAAGUACCCACGACAUAUGAUGUCGGUAAAAUAGCAUAUCUUCAUCCGAAGUCUACUUGUCAUAAAUACAUGCAAAAGAAGGCGAAACGUAUGCGUGCUAAGUACUUUCGACAGACUAAUAAAGCUUAUAUGGAGAACGCACGUCUAAUGUGGCUUACAAUGAAUGACGCUCAGUGCUCGAUAUCCCAGCGUGAUAUAUUCUUCUCUUAUAUGCCGCAACGCAUGAACGAUUUGCAUCACAUUAAUCCGUGGAACCUGCGACAAGUUAAGGAUAUGAAAACCCACCAUGACAAAAGACAGAGAGAGCAGAAAUCGAAAGCUACGGAAGGGUUCUGAAAGCACAAUUUGCCUGUAUAAUCUCUUU